GUUGAAAGGACUUGUGUGGCAGAUUCGACAGAAAUUUCUACGUACUUAAUGUGAAAUUAGGCUCUAAAUCCAAAUUUAGGGAUUGUAUUUAGUCGUGUGAUGCCUCAGCUUUCUCGGUAAAUUAGUGUUCUUUUGUUGUUUAGACGCUGGAGACAUGGACGCACAAAAAGCAGCUGGUUCUGUGUUUAUGUGUCAGCUGUGCAACCUCUUCUCUCCAAGUCGCUCUAAGCUGCUGGCCCAUUGCUCCCAGCUGCACCCCCAGCAGGUGCCUCCCGAUGAAAUCAUCAUUGCACUGCAGCCCCUUGUAGGAGAGCCUGAGGAGACGCCGGCAGAGAGCCCAUUGAAGCGAAAACGAGGACGACCGAAAGGCUCUAAGAAGAAGAUAUGCACGGAUUUGACACAGGGCAAGGAUGACUCCACCCAUUCUCCAGAGGAUAAUGUUCAAAGAGAAGAAGAAGGAAAUAAGGAGAAGGGAGACAGACAAUGUAGCAUAAUAGAAGGCGAAAGCCACGACGAGAAACUGGGGCUGGAAUGUAGGAACUGUCAUCGCUCGUUCCGCAACAGACGACAGAUCCUCAAACACAUCUGCCUGAGAGAAGAGGAAGAGGAGGAGGACGAAGAGCAGAAUGGGAGCAUCUGUGGUGGAACAGGAGUUGAAGGUUAUGGGAGUUUGGAUCCUGCGGCAGCAAAUCCAAACAAGAUGCAACAAAACUCGGCAAGACCAGGACCCGUGAGAGAAAAGGAUGUUGGCAGCUUAAGACACCUGAGAACUAACCGAAGCCGCAUCUCCAAAGAAGGAGGCCAAGCAACAGGAAACAAAAAGUCAGUCAUCAGUGUUGUUCUGACAGAAGAUGAAACCUUUCCAGGUGUUUCUAAAAUGGUUCCAGUAGAGGACCAUUCAGCAGAAACAGAGUCCACGGCCAUCCAGGCUCAACCUCAGCAGUCUGCAGUCUUGCAGAGUCAAUCACAAGACCUUGUAAGUGAAGCCAGCGAAGGUAACCCUGAAACUGACCAGGAGCCAAGUUCGGACCCGGCCUCCACAACAUCAACAACAACAACAACAACAGCAGCAGCAAGCAGAGGCUUCCAGGAAUAUUCUAUCAAGCAAGAUGCUAUCAAUUUACUUCAGAGCCAGUUGAAGAUCUUUGCCUGCGAGUUCUGUAAUAAGAUCUUUAAAUUCAGACACUCGCUGAUUGCCCACCUCAGGACACACACACAGGAGAAACCGUUCCAGUGUCCCCACUGUGACUACGCAUCAGCCAUCAAAGCCAACCUGAAUGUUCACCUGAGGAAGCACACAGGAGAGAAGUUCAGCUGCCAGCACUGUCCUUUCAACUGCCUCAGCCCAGGGCACCUCAAGGUCCACACAGAGCGAGUUCAUCUGAAGGUGAAGCAGCACUGCAGCUUUUGUGAGAAGAAAUACUCAGAUGUAAAGAAUUUGCUGAAACACAUGGAGAAACGGCAUAACUUGAAGGACACUGCUGUCCAGCAGAGUUACCAGCAACUCAGGUUAAAGACUCGUCAGGGCCUCAGACAGCUCCUCUACCACUGCCCCACCUGUAACCGCCGCUUUAAGAACCAGCUCGAGCGGGAGCGCCACCUGUUGGUCCAUGGGCCCCAGCGUCCCUUCGCUUGCCUCCUCUGUGACCAUGCAGCAACCAAGCUGGCCGCUCUCGCUGCUCACGUCAGGAAGCACCUCUUCAUGUACUUGUGCUGCGUGUGUGACGGGAAGUUUGUCAGCUCCCAGAGACUGAAGAGUCACCUGAUAGAGUCUCACCCUGAGCUGGACCAGCAGCAGGCCUUCACCGACUGCAUCAACAACAGCUACUAUCUGAUGCAGCCUGGAGGAGGCAUGAGGGGGGACGAGGAGAGGGAAGAUGCAAAGAAUGGGACGAAGGAAGAGCACACGAUAGAUAAGGAGGGCGAAGAUGAGAGGACGAGAGAAAUGAAGAGGAGAGGAAAUGAUGUAGGGGAAGGGGAGCAGCUAAUAGUAGCAGCGAGCAAAGAGAGGGAGCAGGAAAAGGAGGAUGGACAAGCAAAUUAUCUUGGUGAAAGUACAGAUGAAGGACAGGUGAGAGAGGGAGAGAUGGCGAAAGAUGGAGAAUUAGGAGGCGUGCAAGAACAAGCGAGUUCUGUGGCAACCACACCUCCCUCUGACAGUCGGGAUGAAGCAACAGCUGGGACAAGGUCGCAGGACAACACUGCGGACUCACACACCCCUGCAGACAAUACACAGACUCCUUUAUCAUCAGAGAGCAUUCACACCCCUCUCGUGAAGGAUAGCACUCAAGAAAACACACACCCAGCUGAUGAGAAUGCACCUGCAUCUUUGCCGUCGGCACCUCCAGGAGAAGAGAGACAAACUCCACAGUCAGAAGAGGUGUCGGAUGUUUCCCACCAGAGUGCGUUCCAGCAGGUGUUCUCAUCUCUUCAGAAGACUCGUCUUAAUAUGGAGUCUUUCCAACGGCUCAGGAAAAUUUACGGAGAGCUGGAAUGUCAAUACUGUGGUAAACUGUUCUGGUACAAAGUCCACUAUAACGUCCAUGUACGCACACACACCAAGGAGCACUCACAUUACUGUUCAAAGUGUAGCUACUCGUCCAUCACCAAAAGCUCUUUAAAGCGGCACCAGAUCCAGAAACACAGCGGCUUGCUGCUGCCUUGUUCAGAGCCCGGCUGCAAAUACACCACACCUGACAAAUACAAGCUUCAAGCCCAUUUGAGGACGCACCAGGAACAGGGGAAGAGUGUGACUUGUCCUAUCUGCCAGCACAUCUGUCCAGAGCACAGACUAAAACACCACAUCAAAACAGCUCACCCUGACACACCACCUUUACACCAAGGUAAAGGACUGAUGGUGCAGCGCGCAGAGAAGUGCCCCUACUGUGACUCCUACUUCUUGAAGAACAGCAGUGACUUUCAGCGGCACAUCUGGGCGCACCAAGGUUUGAAGCCAUACGUCUGCAGUGUGUGUGACUAUGCAGGCCGCAGCAGGAGUAACUUAAAGACUCAUAUGAACCGACACAACACAGAGAGGCAUCAUCUGUGUGAUCUGUGUGGUAAAAAGUUCAAAUCCAAAGUCACGCUGAAAAGCCACAGACUGAGCCACACAGAUGAAGGGAAACGGUUUCAAUGUUUGGAGUGCGACUUCACCUCGGUCUCUAAACCUUCUUUGCUCAGACACAUGGAACAACACGCUGAGUUUAAGCCUUUUCGCUGCGCUCACUGCCACUACUCCUGUAACAUUGCUGGUCCCCUGAAGCGACACUACAACAUGAAACACCCGGAUCAGAAAUAUCAGAAUGCUGGACCUGGACUGCCAAACCCUGAUGCUCUGAAACAGCAAGGUGGUAUGAAGUGCCCUGAAUGUGAAUUUGUUUAUGGCACCAAGUGGGAGCUGAACCGCCACCUGAAGAGCAAACACAGCCUGAAAGUGGUCGAAGGCACCUGGGAGGUGGGGGAGACAGUAGAGGCCCAGUAUGUGCCUGUGGAGGAUGAAGAGCAGCUGACAGAAGCACCAGUAGCAGCCCUGCAAGACAACGUUAAUAUCCAGCAGAUCACUGAGUUGAGUUCAGAGACUCACGACGAGACUGUCACCUCCAUGGUCGCCAUGGCUCCAGGCACUGUUACCGUUGUACAACAGUUGCAGGUGGCCGAUGAGCAGGAAUUUGGUAACUGCAGCAACCAGCUGAUGGUGUUGAAUGCAGAGGGGGGUCUAACUGGCAACCAGGUGAUGGUGGUGGAGGAGGCACACGGCCUGGAGGCUCUGACAGUCCUCACUCAGGGAGAAAACACCCACCACUACAUCGUCUAUGUCCAGGAACACACUGUAGAAAUCAACUAGCAAUGCUAGUGUUGCAUACACUUAACAUAACAACAUACAACAUAAAAUGUACCAAUAAGCAAUACAAUCAGGAUUUAGUGAAUGUUUCCCUGUCAUCAUGAAAAAAUUACAUUGUUAAGAAUUUUUCACUCACUUGGUUAUUAUGAAAACAAUUGCAAACAAGUGCAGUACUGAGUUGUGUGAUCAUUUAACAUUGAAUGAAUUGAAUGCUGUAUUUACAAAGUAUAUUUAAAUAAAAUCCUUUUCCUGCACUGCUUGAUGCACUGUAAGGAUGUCAUUCAAA